AAUCAUCCCUCAUCAUGAUAAUGAUGAUGAUGUCAUACAACACAACAAUACUCCUCACUUUCUUCGGACUUGUGGCCUCUGUAAAUCUCCUUUGACACCUGCUCAAGACAUCUACAUGUAUAGGGGGGACACGGCAUUUUGCAGUUUAGAGUGUAGAGAGGAGCAAAUGAAACAAGACGGUAGAAAAGAGAAGAGGAAGAAUAAUAAUAUGGUGGUGGCUUCUGCCUCUAACAAACAAGAUCAUCAUCAUCACCACCGUUCAUCACCCAAAAGCGAACCCACUACUACUACUACUCCUACUCCUCCUGCUGCUGCGGCUGCUUGCUCUACUUGAUAUUUAUCAAUCAAUUAUUGGUAGUAUCAUAUUAUAGUAUAUUUGAAGAUUAAUUACAAGAUAGAACAAAUUAAAAUUAGAGGGUCAUGCUAUAGCUCAUGCUUCAUGUGCACUUUAUUAUUAGGACACCAUUUUCCACGCUUUAAUUUUGCCCCUACCCUCAUAUCAUGUUAUAUAUAUAUAUACGUUCUUCAUUGUUAUUAGACCUAAGCUAUGGUGGAUAUUUUUCUAAUUGUUGACUUAUUAAUUCUGCUGCGUGAGUGCUAAAAAGUUGUAUAAAGGGUGCGGGCUAGCUGAUAAUGUAUUCCGGAUAUGUGAACCUUUGUCUUUGAAAUCAGUGUUUAAUUAUUAAUCUCUCCUACAUACAUGCCAUUAA